AUGUUAUUAUCCCUUUUGGGUAUUUUAAUUGGAAUAAAUCAACGUUUACAUCGAUAUAGUCCAAUGGAGCAUCUAUCAACUAAACGUUUAAAUAACCGUGCCAAACGAAUUCGUCGUUUACUUAUAGGGACAGGAUUAACUCUAUUAAUUUGUUCUCCAAUAACGAUAACAUUAUCUGCUACAUUUUUAAUUCAUUCACAUAGCCACAAUGCUGUUUGCGUUAUGGAACAAAAAAUGAGACAAGAAAAAGCGAUAAAUGAACAUAUAAAUUCUGUUUUUUCAAAGGAGGAACAAUCAGAAAUUCUGACAGAUUUUUUGAAAGAUUUUGCUAAUGAACGAAUUUCUUUAGCAGAAGAAAAUUGUCGAAGAGAUAGAAUACCUUUAGAAAAUGCUUGGAGUUGUUUGUUGUUAUUGUUUUUUGCUUCAAUUUCCUUUGGGUUCUGUUUAAUGCAACUUGCUUCUAAUUGGAAUUAUAAUGAAAAAGAAGGAAGUGUUUCUUUACGUGCUUAUGUUCCUGGAUGGUUACAGGCAUAA